CAAACAUAACCUCAAACAUUAAUCGUAAAGUUUGUGUUGAAUUUCAAUAACAAUAGUAAUAAUAAACGAAAUGCUCGACGGGUGGUACUGCAGAUCUCUAGCGAACGAAGCAGCGGCCGCUGAGGAAGAAGAAAGGGCUCAAGAAGAGUCCAAAUUUAAAAAAGAGUACAAGUUUUUGAAAAGAAAGUUUCAGAAUUUAGUUUAUGAAAACGAAGCGUUUCAACAAGCCCUAAGGGCAGCACAAAAAAGGUUGCUCUCAGUAACAAGGGAUCGAACUUUUUUGCUGGAUAGGUUGUUGAUGCAUGAAAAAGUGGAAAAUAGUACUUCGGAGUCGGAAGAAACUGAUUCUUCGGAUGAUGGUGAACAAAUAAGGGUUGAUAUACCCAAAAGACGGAAACUUGAUAGUGGCUCACAUAAUCAUGUCCAACAUUCAAGUGGGGGUAAAUUUAUACCUGCAGCGAAGAAAAAACGUCCCCCACCCUCCAGACAACCUAAAAGUAUACAGCAUUCAGUUAUUCCUGCCACAAGUAGCAAUAAUAUUCUCUCUGAUGGUCACAUGACCCCUGAAGAGGUAGAAAGGCAUUUGCAAGCUCAAAGUUUUAUGGAAUUACUCCCCGAGAGGGCCCCACCUACUGUACCAACGGAAAUGUUUAGUAACGAACCAUCACUGGACAGCGAGUCAAAUGACUUAUGUGAACUAGAAACAUCCCCUAGUAAUAUGGGGGAAGAAUUAAGCAUUGAUAUGAUGCAAGAAUAACAUUACAAUCUCAUAUUUAAGUAAUAUUAGGAUCUAAAAUUUAAUUUAAGCUUAAUUGUUGUGUAAUAA